UUAUUUAGAUUUUUUCAAAUCCAGAUUAUAGUGUUCACAUAGUUAAAACACAUUUCAUAAUUUUAAAAGUAUUAGGUUUAGUAAUAUAUUCACAGAGACCCUUACUUAUUUUAACAGUGAACAAACAUGACAAACUCGCAGAAAAAUUACAAUGCAUCUGAGGAACUUGACAUAACACCUCACUCGACGUCAACUAGACCAAAUUUGAAGGGAGACCGGUUAAACGUAUUUUUAUUAAUAUUAUUAUACAUAAUGCAAGGGAUUCCUUUUGGAUUUUCGAUUUCAGCUCUACCAAUAAUUCUGCAAAGCAAAAAAGUUGUAACUUAUGGAGAACAGGCAUUAUUAAGUUACAUACUAUGGCCAUAUAGCCUAAAAUUACUUUGGGCUCCUUUAGUAGACGUUCACUAUAUACAAUGUAUAGGUAAAAGAAAAUCUUGGCUUCUGUCAGUUCAAUACUUAACGGGAGUGUUUUUACUUUAUGCGGCGAAUAAUAUCAAUGACUGGAUACCCGAAAAAGGAAAACCCAACAUAUUAAUAUUAACGUGCGUUUUCUUCGUUCUCAAUCUGCUGGUUUCGACGCAGAAUAUAGUCGUUGACAGUUGGGCACUGACGAUGUUGAAAAAGGCCAAUGUGGGUUUUUCGUCUGUAUGCAGUUCUUCGGGUUUUGCAAUUGGCGUAAUGUUAGGUUCCGUGAUUCCCGUUCUGUUAACGUCCGAAGACUUUUGUAACAAACAUUUACGAUUCACACCCGGAAUGGGAGGUAUUAUGACUCUCGAAAGUAUAUUAUUUACUUGUGGAAUUUUAUUCAUAUUAGUAGCAACUUUAAUUGCUAUAUUUAAAAAAGAAAAAGAUGAUAGAUCGGAAGGUAAUCAUUCACAACCACGCGUUACUAAUAGUUACAAAUUGCUUUGGGAUAUUGUAAAGCUACCUAAUAUUCGUGUAUUAUUGAUAGCAUUACUAACAAUGAAGGUAGGAUUUUCUGCGAUGAGGAAUUCUUUAGUUUAUUUGAAACUUGUUGAUGUCGGCAUACCCAAAGAUGAUAUAAUGAUACUCACCACAGCAAUGUUUGCAGUAAAAAUUGUUACGCCAUUCGCUGUAUCCAAGUAUACUUCGGGUCCAAAACCGAUGAGUGUGUGUUUAAAGUCGAUGCCAAUCAAACUAAUUUGGAGCCUUACAUACAUUGCUUUCAUUCAUUUUACGCCAAUGAUUAUAUACCGUAAUGGAGUAUUGAAUGUACCAAUAUAUUACUAUAUAAUUUUAGGAUUUUUAAAUGCAAUAAGUGAAGCACUAUCUUAUAUAAUGCUUGUAGCCAUAACAGCAUUUUUCUCACGAAUAAGUGACUAUCGGUUUGGUGGAACAUAUAUGACAUUGUUGAACACGGUUUCAAAUUUUGGAAUGACCUAUUCAUCAUCUAUAGGACUAAAAUUCAUCGACUUUUUAACGUUUAAAAAGUGUUCAAACGAUUCUGAGAAUAAUUGUUCUACAUCGGAUUUAAAAAACACAUGUGACACAAAUGGUGGUAAUUGCCUUGUAACUAUUGACGGUUACUAUGUAGAAAUCAUCAUAUGUGUGGUCAUCGGCUUCAUUUGGUACUGGAUGUUUAAAAAUACGUUAAAAAGUUUUCAAACCAAAAGUUCUUCUUACUGGAUGGUGUAUGUUGACCAAAAAAGUGAACAAAAUGAUGAUAUUGCAGUUGAUUUUUCGUCUAAGUGAAUUCCAAAACUAUUAUUCUGCGACAUUAAAUAACAUAUAGUUUUAGAAAAAUCAUUUUGAUUGAGUUACUUAAAUUCUUGAGACAAACACGUUAAACUGUAAAACUAAUGAUUAAGAUUUAUUACUGUUAUAAUUAAUUGUAUCAAACCAACCAAUCAAAAAGUUAGAUGAUUUUAUUUGAUGGUCAUUCUUAUAAUGUAAUCUUAAUAUAAGUAUUGAUGUGAAUAAUA